CUAAUCUAAUGGGCCACACUUGCUCAUCUGUGUUACGGGACAGCAUUAUCGACCCGUGUUUAAACUGAAUGUGAGACGUACUGGUGCGUAUUUGAGUGAACGGUUUGGGUUGGCUGGGGCUGUUUGUUCUGCGUAUGUGUCUCUUCCUGUGUGCAUUUGGCAAGUGUUGGACGUCAGGGGUUCAACUGCUAUCAACAUCACGAGUCAAGCUAAGAUCCAGCACGCGCGACAUCAUAGCCGAGGUCCAGACGUGGUCAGUGAAGCGUGGCCAUCUGACGGUAAAGAUGAGAGAGGGGACAGAUCCCGGGAUGAGCAUGUCAAUCGGCAGCUACCUUUCUGCAUCUGACGCGUUUGACAUAACAGAGCCUCCACAGUACUAUGAUGUUCUUGUGGAUCCUUUGGGCUGUUCUUACCAGGAUCCGGAUCUACAGGGCUCUAUCUAUGGCCAGCAGACGUUUAGCCCCAUCAAUGUGCAGUUCUCUAUGUACGGUGCUCCAAACGUGCAACCGUGUAACCCGCCCUACGCCUACAGCCAUCAGUGUUCUGAAUACACAUUUGAGCCGGACGCAGAGGUCCAAAACCUGGGAAGAGGCAGCGGUGUCAGUCUUCCUCUGAUGAAAAGACAAAGGAUGACCCACGGAUCUCGAGUGAAGGGCCAAGAUGAGCUGUGUGUGGUGUGUGGUGAUAAAGCCUCGGGAUAUCACUAUAAUGCUCUCACCUGUGAGGGAUGCAAAGGUUUUUUCAGACGCAGCGUGACCAAAAAGGCUGUGUACCGCUGUAAGAGUGGCGGCAGCUGUGAGAUGGAUAUGUACAUGCGCAGAAAGUGUCAGGACUGCAGACUGCGCAAAUGCAGAGCCGUCGGGAUGCUGGCGGAGUGUCUGCUUACUGAGGUCCAGUGCCAAUCUAAGAGAUUAAGGAAGGGCUCCAAGCACAGAGGACACAACGGGUCAACAUGCGGAGCUGAAGAUGAGGACUGUUCUGAAAGCAGAGGUGUCUCAUCUACCACACGGGUAUCAUCUGGUUUUUCUAGAGAGCAGAGGUGCAUUCUGAAUAAAAUUGUUGAGGCUUAUCGUCGAUACAUAAUUCAAGACAACGUCAAUUGCCGGGUGCCUCUGUGGUCAAGUUUAACAAACAGUGUUGACCUGACGCCCCCUCAGACAGAGAAGCUUUUACAAUUUUCAAGGAGUGUACCUGGGUUCGAGCUUUUAGAAAGUUCUGACCAGAACACGCUCUUAUCCAGCUCCUUAGUUGAAGUCAUGUUCCUGCUUCUCGCUCAUCGGUUCUCAGACAACCCCACAAGCGUCACCUCUGCUUUACACCCAGAAAGUUUGAAUAACUUAAACUCCGACUGGGUGAAAACUUCCAAGAUUGGGAACAAUCAUAAGAUGGCACAUUCAGGACUGAACGAUGAGCUCUUGAGGUCGGUGGUAAAUUUCCUUCACAGCAUGGUUGCCAUCGCAGUGACAGAGGCUGAAUAUGCACUUCUAACUGCAACUGCAGUAUUGUGUUCAGCAGACAGGCCCUCUCUGCGUGCGGUGGCUUGUGUGGAGAGUUUACAGGAGUCUGUUUUGGAGCUGCUGUCCAGACUCUGUUGUUGUAAUCCUGGUGCAGCUCAGGAUCCACGACGCUUCGCCCGUCUCCUGGGUCGACUUACAGAACUGAGAACACUACGACACAAUCAACUUACUCUUCUUCCACAACAUCUCUGGGACAUGCAGUCCUGAGACCACCUGUAGAUAGAGAUUUAUACAUUUAUUAGUUUUGUUUAGAACAAUAAUCAAGGUCAAUGUACGGUUAGUAAUAUGUGCAAAUGAACAGUUUAUUUCCAAAAUGAGAUAACUCCGUCUUCAAAAUAAUGUUUUGUAUUGUGCAUUCCAAAUAAUAUCAAUCAAACUGCAGUUGAUUUGUUGUGAUUUAAGCCACAAUAAAAACAUAAUUUUUGAAAAAACAGAGUUAUCUCAUUUUGGAAACAACUCUUCAAAUAUAGUUUAGCUAAAAAUAUGUUCUUAUACUCUUAUGCAAUAAAUAGAAACUCUUUGUUUGGCGUUUUUGGAUGCAAUUUUGGUCUUUUUUGAUAUUCAAAAUUGUCAAUGAAAAAUAAAAAUGUAACCUAAAUGUAAAGUAUACUGCGAUUGCUAUAUACAGGUAUGGUUACAAUAUUUCUGUUGCAUUAUUUCGAUUGCUUACCUUCUCCACCACAUGAGACACUUCCAACUAAACAUCAAAAUAAUUUCCUACUUUUUUGCUGUUAUUUCUGUCUACUAUCUGCUGUCGGACAAUAAGAAUGAGAUCAGAACUUUCGGAUUAAAUUAUUCAGACAUUGUUAAAAUAUCAUUCGCAGAUGCUGAAGUUAUCAUACAUCAAUGUCACUGCCAUUUUGAACUGCUCAAGAAAGGCUUACUUUUCAAAAAAAAUUCUGCAAACCGCGCAUGCAAGUUGCAGAUAUUAAAGUUCAAAGUAACAGAA